AUGAUUCAAACCUGCACCAGAGAAUCGGGUUCGGCGCCAACCUUCUCUGAGUGCGGGGUUCUCCAGAACGCGCGGCGGGUGCGCUCUCUGUGCCUCCUCCAGACGGCCCCGGACGGCCCCGGACGGCCCCGGCCGCCUCCGAAGCCGAGAGCGAGCGGGGGGCACGGCCCCCGGGACCCCUCCGCCCCCGCCAUGGGCCCGCGCCGGGGGAGGCGCAAGCCGGAAACCCCCUCGAGGCGCCCGGUGAGCGCGGCCCCCGGCCCCCCGCGGCGGGGCGCCCCCGCAGGCCCUUCCCCCCGUCGUCGUCGACAUCGGAGGGGAUAUCAGACUCUGAGGGAGAUCCGGAAGCUUCAGAAGAGCACAAAUCUGCUGAUAAGGAGGCGGCCCUUCAGCCUCCUGGUAAGAGAGAUAUGCACAAUAUUCUCUCGUGGUGUGGACCUUAAUUGGCAAGCUCAGGCCCUGUUGGCCCUACAAGAGGCAGCAGAAACUUUUCUAGUUCAUCUCUUCGAGGAUGCCUACCUCCUCUCUUUACAUGCCGGCCGCGUCACUCUUUUCCCGAAGGACGUGCAGCUGGCCAGGAGAAUCCGGGGCAUUGAACAGGGACUCGGCUGAGCUGCAGCCAGGGUCUCCCUAAGUGUUUCCUGCUCACCGGAGAGCAAGUGUUUUUUGGGGGAAAAUCACCUAGCUUCUCAUUGCUGGAGUUGGAGUUUCUCUGAAGGAAUUUUCCUUCUCUGUCCUUAGUCCAUCAUUGUGUUGCUUUCCCUUUGUUCUUUAGAAAAGGCUGGACCUGUUUUUAACUUUUUGCUCGGGACAGGAUGGCUAAGGCCUUUUUGUACAGUGUUAAAUAAAGAUAUUUUUCUAUUAAGUAAGGACCAGACAACCAGAUGAUUAAGAGAAACUUUUCUUACCUUGUGAAAAUGCCUUGUUUGUAAAUAUGUUAGUAAAAUUUCAAUGAUGAUAUCGGAGACCCUCCCUACAGCCAUGACCACGUCCGUGGGGUCUGAGUGCUGCCUGGAGUUAGCUGUCCCCGGCAGCAUGUGCAUGUUGCCAUGUGGCUUUGCUCUUUUUCUUUUCUUUUUAAAGACAAAGAUUGAAGAUUGCAUGGCUUUCCUUUGCAACAGAUGUAAUAUAUGAAAUUAUAAACACAAUUCCAAAGACCUAAGAAUUAUUUUCAGAUAAGAGACUCCAAGGUUGACUUCAUUUCACAAAUUAUUAGUAUGAUUGUUUUAAUGAUUUUGAAGACAGCAAAUUUGCUGAUUAAUGGAGAAAGAGACUAUUACUUGUUUUAGACCUUUCUGUACUACUUACAAUUUUUACCAUGUGUAUAUUUAAUUUUAUUUAAAAGAAAGAGCAAAAAUUAAGAGACAACCACUUCACUCAGUUGAAUGGAAGGGGGUCUGGAUGUCUAGCAUGCAAAUCUCCACCUACCAGAUUAAUCUCAUCUUUAUGGCGACAUCAAGUUAUUGAGUGGACAGUGCCUGUCCACAAAUUUAUAGCUUUUCAGACUUAAUUGGGGUUGAAAUAGAAAAUAUUUGAGGUUUGAUGUUCUAGUUCCUUCCAGUAAAUGCCUAUCAUGUUAUUUAGAAAUUCUAACCUGUAGAAUUUAACAUUUUAUUCUUAUUUGUAAGUCAAGACAUGUAAUAGUUUAUACUUUGGAAUUUUUUUAUAACUCUGUGGAGAGAUAAUAGAAAUAAUUUUUUCAUGGAAAAAAUCUUUAAACUUAGGUUAUUAGAGCAUAUAGAGAUUAUACUUUUUUGUAUGUAUUAACAUUAAGUUCUCUAUUUGUAUAUUACAUGUUUGCAAAUUGAAACAAGAAUUGAGGGAUGUUUGUGCCUUCAAUGGAGUGAAUAUGAGCAGAUGAAAACCUUGCCUUAUUGCAGCUGGAAGCAGUUUAAAAGAUUUCCAGAGAAAUGAGAAAUGCCACCCAAAGAUUUUAAAUUUUGUGCUUGGUAAAAAUGAUUAGUAAUAGGGAUGGGACUACUACUUAUAAUGUGUCAGUCAGCUGAAUUCAGAGACAAGUUACAUUGUUGAAUAAACAAAUUUUAACCCUUUAGAGAAAUCUUUUAUUGUUCCACACUAACUUUGAUUUAUGCAGAUGUUGAAAUAAAGCACAUCCAU